CGUCCCUCACCCUCACCCCCCCACUCCACACCCUCCCCACAGCGGCCUCAGUGCCAGGGGAGUGUUAGGACCCGCACACGGGUCGCACUGCCGAGUCUGACGUCUUUGUCUCUCACCUUCCCAACGCGCCGCCCGGAGGAGACAGGCACUACUUGAGACGCCCCUACGGGACCUUCUGGACAGGGGCAGCCAUGUCACAGUUCUCCACCAUGACGACCAGGGAGAGGAAAAUGCAAGCGGCGGCGAUCUGCAGGGAGGUCCAAGGUCCAGAAGAUAUAGAGAUGGACCUGGGCAAGAAGAUGAGCGUACCUAAGGAGAUCAUGCUGGAGGAGCUGUCUCUCGCCUCCAACCGGGGCUCUCGUCUCUUCAAAAUGCGCCAGAGACGCUCGGAGAAGUACACUUUUGAGACAAUCCAGAAUAAAGCCAACACGCAGAUCAACAGUGACAUCAUUCAACAAUCUCAGGGUGGUGAUGCCGUGGAAAACCAAAGCGGCGAGACAAGCCUGGCCAUCGACCAACUCCCUAAAACACCAAAUGAUAUGCCGGACGGCGGCACGGCGCCGGACCCGGAGAGAAUCGCCCCCGGAUAUGGAGGUCCGUUGAAAGACAUCCUUCCAGAGAAGUUCAACAGUACGGCAGUCCCAAAGUCCUACCACUCACCCUGGGACCAGGCCAUUAUCAGUGACCCUGCCCUGGCAGACACCAUCAUGACCCACUUGCCAGAGCCUGGACCCAGAGCAGAGUUACAAUCGUACAAGAGCUUUAACAGGGUGGCAACGCCAUUUGGCGGCUUCAGCAAGUCCCCCAGACCUGCUCCCAUCAAGAUCCCCGAAGUGGAACCCCUCCCUGAGUACCCUGACCUCCAGGGGGACACUGCGCUGAAACGCCCCUCCUUCAACAGAAUAGCUCUGGGUUGGGCAUCAACAGGCAACCCUACCAUUCUCCCUACGGUUGCCCUUGAGCCCAUGCUCAUCCCUGAGUCAGAUGACCUUUGAACCCCUUGAUGAUGUCAUACAGAGAUGCCGUCUGUCUGGUUGUCCUGCCCAAGGCUGCCCUGGGCUGGGUAAGGUUGAGCUGAGAGUAGGGUCAGGAUGAGAGAAAGCAUCCCAUUGGUCUCUGCUUGCAUUUAAGUCACCACAAAUGUAAUGGGAGGCAAUUUCCCUUGCAUCUCCAGACCUCUGAAACAUUUCAAUGCACUCAAAAGUUAAUGAAUCCUCCUGUACAGUAUAGUGUACGAUACAGAAUCCCAAUUAGAAUAUAAACGCUUCACUGUAUAUUAAUGUGUAAAAAGUAUUUUUUCUUCCCAACAUGUCUUUGCUCAUACUAAUUUAUAAGCCAAAUAAAAUGGUAUUGAACAGA